CCCUUUAAUUCACACUUUCUUUUAUCACUAUAAGCCAUUCUCUUGACACUUUUCCAUCUCAAAAAAAUCCAAAGAAACCCUUCAAUUCAAUUGAGCAAUUAAACAUUGGCAUUUGUGAUCAAGCAAUAGCAUCAUCCAAUGGCACCUAGAAGGACUGAAAUUCUUGUGAUCAUGUCCCUUGUGAUGGCCCUUUGGGGUGUUACUUCCACAUUGGCUCAAUCCCAAUCAAAUUGCAUCAAUGUGUUCAUAAGUCUUUCUCCAUGCCUUGACUAUGUUACAGGAAAUGCCUCUACCCCUUCCUCUUCUUGUUGCUCUCAACUUUCCCUUGUGGUGAGGUCACAGCCAAUGUGCUUAUGUGAGGUUGUUAACGGUGGUGCCUCAUCUAUUGCUGCAAGUUUCAACAUCAAUCAGACUCGGGCUUUGGCACUUCCUACUUCUUGCAACGUUCAGACACCUCCUCUUAGCACCUGUAGCAGCUCAGCUUCUUCCUCAUCAGGUGUUUCUGUUUCGAAUUUUCCGAAUUCCCCUUCAGGUAUUGGAUCAAACACUGUUUCAUCAACAACCGGAAGCAGUAGAAGUGUCGGUGGCUCAUCUUAUGGAAAUUCAAGUUCCACUAAAUUCCCAUGUUCUUUGGUUGUCAUGUUUGUCCUUGCAACGACUUUGACUUUCACCUUCAAGACCUAGACAACGUCGCUGCACCUUUUUUUAAACCUUGUUAUUAUCUUCUAUUGCUUCCAACUUAUUUGUCCUUUGUUCUUAACAAAUUUAGGAAUAUUUACCCUGUAUAUUUUAUGCACAUUUUUAUCUUCUAAUCAUGUUCGUGGUAAUUCCACAUUGCUUCCUUUUUUUGUUUUUGGCUAUAACAAGCUAGCAUUUAGAUUUA